UCAGCUGCUUGGAGAAACAGGCUUCCCUUAAAGCAAAUGCUUUAUCUGGCAAUCUGGAGGUCUAAUUUAGGCAAGAUGGUGGUUCUCCCUCCCUCCUCUUAACACGUCACGGGGUACUUACACCAGAAAGGAAAUGUGUCAUCUCUGUGGUUUAGUUCUCUAAAUGGAGAACUAAACACCAUGUUUCAGAGGCACAUUCACUUUCAAUGCAUAAAAACAUCCCCACCUUCUAGAAUCCAGAAUCUAGAGUUUGCCACUGUAAGGCAGACACAAUAUUGAGGCGCGGUUAGCUAGCAAAUCACAGACCUUCCAAGUCAAACCCUUCGCUGUCCUCUCCUCCAGGCAGCAAACGUCGCCAUAAACAUGAAACUGAUGGGCAACUCUCACAUGGAUUUGGGCUUCCUUUGGUGGGCCGUCUUGCUAUUCCACGUACAAGUAAGAGCGGACACUACCACAACUCUUUUGACGACAACAGAAUCUCCCACCGUCCCUACAACUCAAACCCCAACACAUACAAGUGGGGCUCUUCCAACAUUGCCUUUGGGGGAGACGUCUACUUAUACAACACAGAUAAGCACCUUCGAAUCGACAUCCACAACACAGCCAACUACCUUUAGCUGGACAUCCUUAGGGCAAACAUCCACCUCCCAGUCCUCAUCGGAGACAUCAACUGCCCCGCAAAUGCCCUUAACGCUUGCCCCAGAAGUGCCCCCAUCUCCCUACACCAUUAAUGGUACAGAUCAAGAACUUGCAACUCCUAGUCAGGAUCAAAUGAAAGCUGAACUCUGUGAAGAGAACAGCAAAAGGCUAAUACUGAUUUGCCUCAUCAUCAUUGGGGUGCUUAUCUUCAUUUGUGUAUGUCUACUCGUGGCCACUGUUGCAAUGGCAAACAAACUCUCCUAUAUGAAGAGAAGGCAGCCAAGCAAGCGCCCCCUCAGGAGCAACGGCGAUUUCAUCACCACAAAUAGCUUGUGGCCAGCUGGAUUAGAAACGUUGCAGAGGAUGACCAAUGAGGCAGCAGCAGCAGAGCUGAUGACACAAAGAACGGGGUCGGAGAGAACAAAAGCGGGACAAGGGAAAACUGGUGAAGAAGCUAGCAAGAAACUAGCGAGUGAACUGUCAGACAGGCAGAAGCUCAAGGAGGUGUCAGCAAAGCCAGCCAGCAGCACCACAACCAUCAUUUAGAUUCAAGCAUCAUGCAGACACCCAAAAAAAGAUUGUGGGGAGAAAACCUGAAGGCUAUGCACCACCAUAGAAUCAUAUCAUAUGCACUGGGUUUCCGGGCGGUAAUGAACUUUCCGGGUUGGAAUUCCAUAGCAAGCUAUUACCAGAGGUAAUUGUCCACGUUGCUUCAGAAAUCAAGCAGUCCACAGCUCCUCAAAUGUGGGCUACUUGUUUUAAGAAAAUUCAAAUGCUACACAUGCAAGGAGGCAGGUGAAAAACAGAGCAGAUGCAAGGAUGGAAGGGGAAAUGUCAUAGCAACAAGGAUGGCUGAGAGGUGGAGUCAGUCUUUGCAAGGAAAGCCUUCCACAAAUGUAUGCAUCAUAUACCUGCUCAUUUUCCUUACAUUAGAACACUGGGUCUCAGCACAAGAAAGCAAUGCCAUGGAGGUGCUGCAAGCUCUUACCUGCUUGCUUCCUCUCCCUGCCCCAAGCUACCCGGGUGCAUCCUGACUGGACUAAUAUAGCAGAAUGCCUCCACCAGCUGUUUGUGUCUAAGACUGCAAGAGGCUUGGGUAACUCCUCCUCCCCCAAGCCUCUGUGUUGCUUUAUUAACACUGCAGGAUCAUUGGGUCUAUUUCUGGCAAAUGCCCCGAAAGAUUCUGUGCAACUACAUGAGCUCCACCUCCCUUCCAAUUCUCUCUGUUGAUCUUUAUUUAAUACCUGUGUAGUAACAAGAGAGAGACAAGGAAAAACCCCCAGAUCAAUCACCCCUUUGUUCAGUCAAGUGCUUGGGAGGAACCUGAUCAUGGCUAGCAAAAUGGCAAGUUUCUUAAUUGUGGCGGAAUAUCUACGCCAUACUUCCUGUCCCCAUCCCUUAAUGUGGGAGCCGAUAUACCAGGAAUUCUCCUCUGUUAGGUCGUUUUAAAUGAACUGAUUACAAUCAAGGUCUGUUGUCAGCUUCUGUAAUAUUGUUCCUUGUAAGUAAUGAAGAAUAAAGCAGGCUUCUUGGGGUUUUCUUUUACGGAAGUGGGGAGCAGGGUGUUGUUUCUUUUUAAAACAGGGCCACAGUUAAGUUUUAGGCAAUACAAGUUUGCAGGAGAUUGUGGAACAGCCUAUGUCAAUACAUACUAGAUUGCUAAAUGCAACUAACGUUCUUGCAGAAUGCUCAGUUUGUUCAGAGUAGAGCAUAGCUGCCAAAUCUCCCGUUUUCCCCGGGAAAACCCCUUUUUUCUUACCUUUUCCCGGUGGUCCCCCGUAUCACUUCGUCUCCCGUUUUUCUCCAUUAUUUUCUCCUGCCGGCGGCCAUUUUUUUUCUUUCCGAUUUGCCCUUCUAUGGGCACCAAAAAUGGCCGCCGCCAGCUUCAAAAGUCGCAUCUACGCAUGUCCGGAAGUGCAUAGACGUGACUUCCGGUGUUGGUGGCGGCCAUUUUGGUGCCCAUAGAUGGGCGAAGCGACACCGGAAGUUGCGUCGGCACACUUCCUGACAUGCGUACAAGCGACUUUUGAAGCCGGCGGUGGCCAUUUUGGGUGCCCAUAGAAGGGCAAAGCAACACCGGAAGUUACAUCGACACAACUUCCGGUGUAAA